GCUUACCCUUACCUCUUACCCCGCCGCAGGAUGGCGCCUCAUCCUUCGUGUGCGCCAGCUGUCCAAGUGACCCACCAGACCGAGCAGCCUUUCCCGAGCGCCCCAGAGGACAAAGUGACCUGCGUCGCAUCCGCUCCGCCCAGCCCCACUCGCGUACCGGGGAACAGCGCGGAAGCGGAAGGGGGCGGCUGCCGAGCGGCCUCGAGGAAGCUCCGGGCGCGGCGUGGGGGGCGCAGCAGGCCCAAGAGUGAGUUGGCUCUGAGCAAGCAGCGACGGAGCCGGCGCAAGAAGGCCAACGACCGUGAGCGCAAUCGAAUGCACAAUCUCAACUCCGCGUUGGAUGCGCUGCGCGGGGUCCUGCCCACCUUCCCGGACGAUGCAAAACUCACCAAGAUAGAGACGCUACGCUUCGCACACAAUUACAUCUGGGCGCUGACGCAAACGCUGCGCAUAGCGGACCACAGCCUCUACGGGCUGGAGCCGCUUGCACCGACCUGCGAGGAGCUGGGCAGCCCGGACGUCGGCUCCCCGGGAGACUGGGGCUCCCUUUAUUCCCCAGUCUCCCAGGCAGGCAGCCUGAGCCCCGUUGCCUCGCUGGAGGAGCGCCCUGGGCUGCAGGCGCCUGCGUCCCCUGCCUGCUUGCAUCCUGGCGCCCUGGCCUUUUCAGACUUUCUAUGAAGGGGCCUGUCCGUCUCUGGGUGGUGGGUGCUGUGAAGGGAGAGGGCAGAAGCCGUGCGAGGUGCGCAGAGAUGCGCGGAGGCCCUCAGGCGUACUUGUUC